AUGAAAACAACUCCGAGGUCCUUAGGCUUGGACUUGAAGGGCUCGAAGGCCUUGGUCUCUGGGGGCUCCCGGGGCAUCGGCUCUGCAGCGGCGGAGCUCUUGCUGGCCCUGGGUGCGGAGGUGGCCAUCUGCGCCCGGGGCGCGGACGACCUGGAGGCCACCCGAGCACGGCUGGCUGCUGGUGGCCGCUGCCAUGCGAUCGCAGCGGAUCUCUCCACACAGGAAGGCGUCAGGACGCUGAUCCAGAAGCUUCCUUGGCAGGAACUGGAUAUAUUGGUCAACAACUGCGGCACCAAUAUUCGCAAGAAGGCAGAGGACUACGACCAGGAGGACUUCGAGAAGGUGUUCGGCACCAAUUUUAUGAGCUGCAUGUGGCUCUCGCAAGCUGCGCUUCCCCUGCUUCGAAGGGCAAGCGCGGCAAGCCGCGAGCGACGCCGUGGAGGGGCUGCUGUGGUGAACAUCUCUUCUGUGGCGGGCCGCGGGCACAUACCCACGGGCUUCCCUUACGCUGCCUCCAAGGCGGCAAUGGACCAGAUGACCCGAAACCUGGCGGUAGAGUGGGCACGGUUUGGCAUCCGUGUCAAUGCCGUGGCCCCUGGCCUGAUCCAGACAGAGCUGGUGCAGGGUUCGAGCACGCUGCUUGAAGCCUUCAAGCAGAGGAAGCCAUUGAAACGUUUGGGAGAAGUGGUGGACGUCGCUCGCCCCAUUGCAUUCCUGGCAAGCGAUGCCGCCUCUUUCAUAACCGGGCAGACGUUGUACGUAGAUGGUGGCUUCACAGCCACCAACUUCAACGAAGUGCCCGGGUAUUGGGAGGACACCAGUGCCUGA